AUGGAAGCCGGAGGGGUGGAGAAGCCAGAGAGCCAUGCGGAUGUAGAGGAUCCCAUCUGUAAACUUACCCUUGCACUUGGCGAGUCUUCCUCCUUGCCCUGUCCCUUCUCCAUCGCUCCCGCCUCGCCUGCUCCUGUUCAGUCGUUUGGACGUACACGACCAGCGCCGGCACCGAAGGGACGCGACAAGACCAGCAUCAUACCUCCUCCCUUCCCUUGGGCCACCCCUCGCCGCGCUACCGUUCACACGCUCAGCCACCUGCGCGCCAUCGGCAUCGCGGAGAUCCACGGCGAGACGCAGUGCAAGCACUGCAAGGCGAGCCGGGUGAUCAGGUACGACUUGGAGGCCAAGUUCGAGGAGGUUGCAGGCUUCAUCAUGGCGCGGAAGCACCUCAUGCACGACCGAGCGCCGCCGGCGUGGAUGCAUCCGACGUUCCCGCACUGCGAGGCCUGCGGGCUGCCGAACUGCAUGCAGCCGAUCGUGUCCGCGAAGAAGCGCGACAUCAACUGGUUGUUCAUGCUGCUGGGUCAGACGCUGGGCUGCUGCAACCUCCGGCGGCUCAAGUACUUCUGCAAGCACACCGAGAACCAUCGCACGGGGGCCAAGGACCGACUGCUCUACCUCACCUAUCUCACCCUGUGCAAGCAGCUCCACCCGUCCCUGCCAUUUUGA